UGUAGAAUAAUCACUUUCGAACCUUCUUCGGUCCUGCGCGGACCUGCUGAAACACCAGUUGGUUCUUUUCCCCCUUCGAAGCAGUUCAGUUUAACGAAGAAACCAUGUACUUGGCAUUGGUUAGCGUGAUAGUGGUGGGAAUAAUAGGUACGCAUCCCACGACCGGUCAGCCUGUCGCACAAACGCAAAGCGCAUCCGGUGCGUCGAGUGGUGCCGGAGCGCAACAAGCCGGUCCGGCUGGCUUCGGAUUCCCUGGGUUCAAUGGAGCGGGCGGCUUCGGUGGUGUCCCCGGGCUAGGGGCUGGAUUCCCUGGAGCAGGCUUUCCGUUCUUCCAGCCCCAGGCACCGGGAGCGGGUGCUGGUAUGGGAUUUGGACCCCUGCCAGGGUUCCCACAGAUGGGGCAGUUUAACUUUGGCAUGCCGAAUGGGCAGGGUGGCAGUUUCGCCUCUUCCGGAUCGCAGUCCUUCUCAAGCAGUAGCUCCUUCAGCGGUGGACAUGGAUCGGGCAGUACUGCUGGCGCUGGCUCACAAUCGGCAGCCCACAAUGGACAGCAGCCGGAGCAUGGUGUUAUUGGUACGGGCAGCUCCGGGACGGCACACUCCGAGCAGCAACCUGAUCCGGAGGGGCACAUCGAAACGUCGAGCGGAGCUGGCAGUUCCAGCCAGCAGCAGAGUCACCCCCACCAUGGCGGACAUGGUGGACACAGUGCCAGUGGUGCCGGAGCACAAUCGCACAGUGCUGGAGGUGGCCACGGACAGGGCGGCAGCGGUAGUGGCGCUCAGGCCGGAUCAGGCUCCUCGUUCGGACCGGGCGGACGUCACACGGAGGUCAACUUUGGCAACGGUCCCGGUGACAGCUUCGGGGUGCGCAUCAGUACCGAUGAGUCGGCCGAUGGAACGGUUAAAAAAUCUCAAAGUGAAUCUUGGGUGUGGAACUAGGGAGGGUGGCGAUGGUGUCGUUUUACGUAUUAUGUGGGUGUUAUGGGGGAAUAUAACGAUAUAACGAAAAAAGCAGGAAUAUGACGAUAAUUCCUGCUCUGCAAUAAAAAGCUCACACAAAUGUUUACAACUUCAAA